GCAGAUAUAGUGAAUGCAGGGUCCGGGGAGAGCGGAUAUAGUGAAUGCAGGGUCCGGGGAGAGCGGAUAUAGUGAAUGCGGGGUCCGGGGAGAGCGGAUAUAGUGAAUGCGGGGUCCGGGGAGAGCAGAUAUAGUGAAUGCAGGGUCCGGGGAGAGCGGAUAUAGUGAAUGCAGGGUCCGGGGAGACCAGAUAUAGUGAAUGCAGGGGUCCGGGGAGAGUGGAUAUAGUGAAUGCAGGGUCCGGGGAGAGCGGAUAUAGUGAAUGCAGGGUCCGGGGAGAGCGGAUAUAGUGAAUGCGGGGUCCAGGGAGAGCGGAUAUAGUGAAUGCGGGGUCCAGGGAGA